AUGGACAGGCUUCAUUCUGGUUCCUCCUGUCCCCGGGAGGCUGGCCUCAUGUCCAGUGCCAUUCCUCGUCUGCACAGAGGAGGUGCCAGGAGGGGCCGGGCUCCGGGGAGCUGUGAGGAGACCACCUUUGGAGAGCUGAAGACGGUCCGCUUGCCCAAGAAGAUGACCGGGACAGGCACGCACAGGGGCUUCGGCUUCGUGGACUUCCUCACAAAGCAGGAUGCCAAGAGAGCCUUCAAUGCCCUGUGUCACAGCACCCACUUGUACGGCCGAAGGCUGGUCCUGGAGUGGGCAGACUCCGAGGUGACCCUGCAGGCCCUGCGGCGGAAGACGGCCGAGCACUUCCACGAGCCCCCGAAGAAGAAGCGGUCUGUGGUGUUGGACGGGAUCCUGGAGCAGCUGGAGGACAGUGACCGUGAUGGCGAGGAGCAGACACUUCAGCUGUGAGCUGGCACAGAGGGCUGCCGUGUGAGAAUCCCCACCUGUGUCUGUCCAGUGAACGGUUAGACUAGCAGAAGAACUAACAGAGCAGGCAGCCCAGAGCUGUCCACAUCUGUGGGACCAGGAACCCCGGAUUCCUCCAGGGACACCUCCGAGCAGCUACUGAGGCCUCGGACUCCACGCCGAGCCUGUCACCAACGCCAGCAGCGUCCACUCCCAAGCAGGGCUGYGGACACAUCACAAACCUCACUCCUGGCCAGCAGCGACCCCAGGCUUUGCCCAGAGCCAGGCACCUGCAUGUAGCGCGUCUGCUCCCGCUGCAGCCCGAGGGGAGUUCCCAUGGCAGGGCCGCACCAGCGCCGGCCAGCGGGCAGACGCUGCCCAGCAGAGACAGCCAGGCAGCAGCCUACACCUGAGUCCCAGCAGCCACCCUGGCCCGUCGACCACAGGCCCGGGCACCCUGGAGCCGCGGUCCUUGCUCUGUCAUUGGGGUGACCAUGGUCAGCGAGCCGAGGAGUAAAGCUCAGGACGUUCCCGCGCUUCCGUCUGCUUCCUA